AUGAGAAAUCAUACUGCAAUAACAACAUUCAUACUUCUGGGAUUGACUGAUGACCCAAAGCUACAAGUUCUGCUUUUCAUAUUUUUGUUUCUCACUUACAUGUUGAGUGUUACUGGGAACCUAACAAUUAUCAGCCUGACACUUUUGGAUUCCCAUCUUAAAACUCCUAUGUACUUUUUCCUCCGAAAUUUCUCUGUCUUAGAAGUGUCAUUCACCACUGUCUGUAUUCCCAGAUUCCUGUACACUAUGACGACUGGAGAUAAUACUGUUACCUAUAAUGCCUGUGCCACCCAGUUGUUUUUCGUUGUCCUCUUUGGAGCAACUGAAUUUUUUCUGCUGGCAGCCAUGUCCUAUGAUCGCUAUGUAGCCAUCUGCAAACCCCUGCAUUACACGACCAUCAUGAACAAUAGGGUCUGCACUACACUUGUUCUCUGUUGUUGGGUUGCUGGCCUGUUGAUCAUACUCCCACCUCUUGGUGUGGGUCUCCAGCUAGAAUUCUGUGACUCAAAUGUGAUUGACCAUUUUGGCUGUGAUGCAUCUCCUAUUUUGCAGAUAACCUGCUCAGACACAAUAUUUAUAGAGAGAAUUGUUUUGAGUUUUGCAGUGCUGACCCUCAUUAUUACCCUGGUAUGUGUAGUCCUCUCCUACACGUACAUCAUUAAGACCAUUCUAAAAUUCCCUUCUGCCCAACAAAGGAAAAAGGCUUUUUCCACCUGUUCUUCCCACAUGAUUGUCGUCUCCAUCACCUACGGCAGCUGCAUCUUCAUCUACAUCAAACCUUCAGCCAAGGAAGGAGUGGCCAUUAAUAAGGUGGUGUCGGUGCUCACUACUUCAGUUGCCCCUUUACUCAAUCCAUUCAUUUAUACGCUUCGAAAUAAGCAAGUGAAACAAGCUUUCAAAGACACCUUAAAAAGGAUUGCAUUUCUCACUAAGAAGUAA